GUGCGUGUUUGUGUGUGUCAAAAACAGCUGUUCACGGUCUGUUGAUUUGCUAAUCAGGAUUUUCUUUUGAUCAAAUUUGGAUCUUAAUUUCUACGCCUAUCAACCUAAUUUCUCCAUUUACUAUAUGAAAUGUUCGUUUAAAAUUAAUGGUACGUUGGUUUCUACGAUUACUCGUGCGUGUCUAGGUAGUUGUUUUAUUACUGUCAGAAAUGCAUGUUCAGGAAUCCUCUAUUGAAAAACAAUAAAAGUCUUGUCUAAACAUGGAUAAUGGAAAUAUAGGGGAUCAAAGCAAUGGACAAAUGGAAAAAGUUAACAAUUCAGUGAUUAACUCUACAGCUGCAGUGGAUAAUGGGAACAUGCCUUUUGAAGCUGCCGAGGAGGCAAUAUCUACUGACUCGGAUGAGUACCUUUCUGGUGGUCCUUUAAGGUUUAGAAACUAUGAUCUAAAUAGUUCAACUGCUUCAAAUGUGACCCUUCUAGCUCAAAGCAUGACACUUUCAGACAAUAAUGACAAUCUCAGUAUUGCAGACAGUACUCAGGACAACAUUUCAGUUUCUCAAAGUGAUAUUUUAAACCCCAUACAAAUUCCCAUUGUGGGCUAUGAGAUUAUGGAGGAAAGGGCCAGGUUUACGGUGUAUAAACUAAGAAUAGAGAAUAAAAUAAAUGGGGACUGCUGGUAUGUCUUCCGCAGGUAUACAGACUUUGUAAGGCUGUGCAAUAGAUUUAGAAAUAAAUUUCCUGAUGUUAUGAAGCAUUUACCAAGAAAAAGAUGGCUAAAAAACAAUUUUGAUCCAUUAUUUCUAGAUGAGAGAGUAAAUGGACUGCAAACAUUGGUAAAUGCCAUACUCAGGCAACCUGACCUAAUAAACACCAAAGAAAUUCAGGAAUUCUUUUGCUUAAAUGAACCUCCAGUUAAUUCAGAAAGCAAUGAAGAAUCGAGGGCAAUGUUUGAAGCUUUUGAAGACACCAUUGCAGAUUUAAAAAUGCAACUUCGAGAGAAAGAUGCUAUUAUUACUAAUCUGCAAAGAAGGGUGCAGAGUUUGUGUAAUGAGAAUGAGAAUUUAAAAAAGCUUGUUGAGAAUUCACAGAAUAUUCAACAGAACGUGGCCUAAUCUCUAACUAUAAUAAAAUAAUGUGAUAUUUAAAACAGUGAAAUUAGAAAAAAAUAUGGGUAUUUUUAAUAAUUAUUAUUGACUAAGAAUAAUAAUAUUGCUAGUAUGUUAUCUAUAACCAAAACUCUAAUUUUUGAGGUGCUCUUUUACAAAGAUAUUUUGUAUUCAACCAAAAUAAAAUCUAUUUCUACAAUAUUAUUGUAAAAUAUAGUUGGAUAAGUUUUAUGUAUGUCAUUGUCUCAGAUAUUUUAAUUGUUAUUUAUAUAUAGUUUUAAGAGUGAAUAAUAAAUGACACUGCACCAAUUUAUGUGUCACCUAACACUUUAAUAUUGUUUCGAAAUUAGGGUUUUAAUUUUGUACUGUUUUAAGUAUAGUUACAGUAUUGGACACGAUGGUUGGAACUUUGGAAGUCUUCAAAUAUUUUUUAAAUUAUGUGACACAGCCUUUUACCUAUUUAUUAGUAGGGAGCUUAGGUAAAAAUAAAUUUACUCACAACUUGUUUUAUUGUUUAUUAGAUUUUUUACACGACAAAAUUAAAAAUAAGCCGAACAAAAUGAUUGAAACUAAAACGAAUCCUCUGAAAAUAUAUUAUAUCAAUAAGUUUUUUUAGUACUCGGUUUGAUAUCUUUGAGCUGUAGCAUUUUUUAUAGUUUGCCGCUGGAUUCUCAUUUUAAACAACUCCUAGAGAUUUUCUAUUUGACUUAUAUCCGGACUUUGGUGAUCGUCACUCCACACCAUUACACCGUAUACAUCUUUCGAGGUAUACGGUGUAAUGGUUCCACUUCAUUCCACGAAAAGCAUCCCUACACCAUCACAUAUCGUUGAACCUUAGGACGCCCUACAUGCUUGAUUCCAUCACUACCCAAGUUAUAUAUUGGCUCGUCGCUAAAUACCAUUUUUUUCCAAUUUCAAGUGAUGUAAUCCAUUGCAAAUUUGGCGUGUCUGCAGUAUUUUCACUGAAGACAUGAAUGGAUCGCUUUAGGUCAACUAAUUUUUCGGUCCAUACAUGCUUCUAGGCCUCCCUGAGCUUUUAUAAAGUCCAUUACCGUACAUUUUAAUUAUUUUUUAAGAUUGUGUGAUGAUGACAGUGUUUUUUAAGACGUCAAAAUAAUUUUUUCUUGGUUUUUCAGUUUGACAAAUUCCCUCUUUAUAAUAAUUGAUAAUUCCAUUGGGAAGAUCUUCGGAAGGCGCUGUUCCUUUCGUCAUUAUAGAAAAUACCAAUAUGUUCUUAAACACUCUUUGACUCGUAAAGUAAAUGCCAAGAAAUAUUUUGUUGAAUUAUAAAAGGUUCCAAAAGGACAAAAAAAUAAAAAUAUACGUUUGUUUUCUUUUCAUCUUGAAGUAUCAGGAAAGAAUGUUUUUAACUGACGGGAAUAUUCAAAUAAGCCUAAAGCAAAUUUCUUCCAACCAUUAUUUCCAAUAUUGUAUAUGUUUUUAUUGUAAUUUAAUCUCAAUAUUUUUAAAUUAAAGAGUGCAACUUCUAAUUAGUCUAAGUACCAGAACUUCUGAGUCAAAAUAAUUAGUUAAAAAUUGUUUGUUUAGAAAAUAAAUAAACGACUUGUGACAAAAUAUUUCGUUCACAUGCAGUCACUUAACUUGAGAGAUUGUUUUGAUAGUGCAAAAUAAAAACAAAAUAUCAAAACUCAAAAAAAAAUUGUAAAUAGUGUUCCUGUUCCUCAUUACAAGUAAAAUAGUGUAAAUACCGUUGACGCUAUAAUGAUAAAUACGUCUAAUUGCACCAACACUAAGUGCUCCACUUUUCCACACCUGGUUCUUGGUCCAACUUAUCGAAACAUUCUGGAUCAUCUAAAAAAUAUAUUUUUUGGACGUGACUAGACGAAUUACAAACAGGACACAUCAUUUCAUAGCGAUCGUCCAUCAUUUAUUGAUCUCUGCGUGACAUUUAUACCGAUUUGAGGGUUAAAGAUGCCUUUUUUGACUUUCUACUGCAUCUCACCUUAUAGUCUCUAUAUUCUGGAUCUUCUGAAAACAUGAUUUUCCGAACGUGACUAGAUUACAGACGAGAGACAUCAUUUUAUAGCGAUUGACCAUGACUUCUAGAUCUCUGACUGACAUUUAUACCGAUUUGAAGGUCCAAAAUGCCCUUUUUGACCUUCUACCGCAUUUCACCUUAUAGAAACAUUCUGGGACUUUUGGAGAAAUUAUUUUUUGGACGUGACUGGAUCAAUUACAGACAUGAAACAUCAUUUCAUAGUCAUCGUCCAUGAUUUUUGGAUCUCUGACUGACAUUUAGACCGAUUUUAAGAUCAAAAUUGGCUUUUUCGAAUUUUUUGCGAUUAAAUUUUAAUAAAAUGGUACAUGAUUAAACGGUAAUCAAGCAUAUUCUUUAAGUUGGUACCAAGAUGCAAUAUUUGCAUUGUAAUUAUGGUAAUUCUUCAUUAAUACCAAUCUGUUUUUGUUCUGGCCGACACAGUUGUGCCUCCAUAUUGUCACUAUUGUUUAGCAGUCAAUAUUUCAAGAUAACAAAAUUUUCAUCAACAGAGACAUUUCGGUUCCAAACAAAUAUUGCCUCCGUCUAAAGACAUAAAAACUAUGUUAGUGUCAGCUAUUAGUACAGGGUGUCCCAUUUUGGUCACUUUUGCGGGAUAUCUCCGUGAUUUUUAGAGAGUUGCGGUUUUCGCGACACUGUGCUACUUUUUCUUAAAACUAAAGAAUGAUGCCGUCAACAAAAUUUUCAUAGCCCUUUAAAUUUUUUAAGAUACAGGGUAUUUUUGAAAAUUUUGCAUUUUGGGACCCCGCUUCUAUCUCUGUUAUCUUUAAAGUUUUUGUAAGAGUAAAAACUCAUUCUUAUAGAUUUUUUUUCGUAGAAUCCAGUUGUAGAGAUAUAUUUUUGUUUUGAUUACUUUGUUAUAUGUUUUUUUUAAAUGGAACACCCUGUAUAUUUAUUAUAGUUCAUAAAAUUGUUUUUUUUUUACCUUUUCAAAAAUAUAUAAUAGUAUAGAUUUAUUUUCAAAAAUACGCAAAUAAAUUACAAUUUCCUCAAUUAAAUCCAUAAUUUAUUAGUAUGGUCACGUUAUCAAAGAAAACGUUACCUCGGGUAUGUACAUACACGUUCGGCGGUUGAAAAAUUUCGAAUAUGAUUUUUGCGUAAUGUGUAAGAAGGAGACGGAGUAGAGCGAGAACAAACUUGGCUCCACCCUGGGCGGCUAUCGCGACGUCGUGGCGCCUAUCAGUCCGGUUGCAAUUCCUCGCAUACCUAUGUACGUGUUAGCCGAUCAUGUUUACAAUUUAUUUCAACCUUUGGUACGAAGACGGAUACAGUAAUAUAAUAAAAAUGGUUUUCACUGUCGAUCAAAAGAUUAAUAUCAUUAAAUGGCAUUGUCAUGCGGAUAGUACAGAAGAAGUUGUCGGCCGUUUUAUAUUUGCAUAUCCUGAUCAGCAAGUCCCUACUGUCGGGAUGUGUAUGUAAAUCGGUGUGCAAAAUGUUCUAGUGGCGAUCAGGAACCUCGUCGAACACCUAACGCUAGGAUUGAAAAGGAGGUCAAGGUGUGUGCUUUUGUGGAAGUAAGUGAACAUUGUUCUAGCUCCCAAAUUUCGGAAGAACUUGAUAUUCCAAGUCGUACAGUGCGUGAUAUUUUGGAAAGUACAAAGCCUAUAAAAUUAAAAACACUCAAGAAAUUUUUCCAGAAGAUCAAAUAAUAUAAAACGCUUGGAGUUUUGUGAAACCUUAAGAGAAAAAAUUGAUCAAAAUGACGACUUCACAAGUAAUAUUUUACAGACGAGUCAUCUUUUUCUCUUCUAGGCCGACAUAAUUCUUCAGUCGUGAGAUAUUGGACUCGGGAAAAUCUACAUUUGAAUGUAUCAUUACUCAAUACCCGCAAAAAGUAAAUUAUUGGGCUGGUAUUUUAUCCAAUCACAUUGUAGGGCCUUUUUUUAUUGAUGGUACCUUCAACUUUGUGAGAUAUUUACUUUUAUUGCAACAAAAUAUUAUACCCGCUGUACGAAACUUGGAUGUUAAUUUUGAGGAAAUUUGGUUUCAACAAGACGGAUGUCCCGCUCACAACGCUAGACAAGUGCAGGACUAUUUAACAAACACUUUUCCUGAACGGCUUAUUUCCACAAGAGGUACCAUACCAUGGUCUCCGCGAUCUCCAGAUCCGACGCCUUGCGACUACUUUUUAUGGGGCUAUUUGACGAAAAUUCUAUACCAACACCGACAUGAAAGAGCCGUUAAUUUGGACGAAUUGCGACUUAGAAUUAUUAAUAUUUCUAGGUCCAUUACACCUGAAAUAUUAGCCAAUGUACGUAGAGAAUUUUACGACAGGUUGGGAUACUGUGAAGUCCAACAAGGAGGUGUAUUUGAACACCUUAUUAAAUAAUCCAUUUAAUUAGAAUUAUUAUUUUGUUUAAGAGUUAUUUUUCAUUUUAUUUUAGAAUAUUGUAUUUAGUUUUCACCAAAGGUUUUUAAGAUUUGAGCAUAUUAAAGUUGUUUUUGUUUGCGAUUAUGAGCACGUUAAAAAACAACAUAAAUUUUUAUCUUUCGUGUGCGCGUAAAAUUAGCAAGCCGAAAUUAAAUUCACAUUGCGAGCGGUAUGGAGAAUCCUGCGUCGCUAUCGGUGGGAGGUUACCGCUGCAGUCGUUCUCUGUCUACUCUCUAUCUAUUAGGUCUAAUACAUUAAAACUCAAUCCGUAAGAUUCAACUCGCCAAACGUGUAUAUGACGUGACCAGAUUUUUCUUUUUUACUAAUCCUUGCAUCUUAUAAUGAACAAAAGCAGAAUUGUCACUAAAAAUUUUGCGGCAUAUCUAAAUGUGUUUUCCUUGGCCAUUCGCUACUGUAUAAUACUCUGUAUAUUAUAAUAAUACUCUGUAUAAUACCUUGUAUACAACUGCAUAUUAUACUAUUUGGUAGUGUAGUUUCUUACUUUUCAGAACCCGUAAUUCUUCGACCGACAUUCCAAAAUUCACACCGCAAAAUCGAAACAAGCUUUUAACUUGAACCCUAUAAAUAAUAGAACAAACAUCUGAGUGGCACAUAAACAAUUUCAACGUAAACUACAACUUAGUAAGUUGUUACAGUAAUAUAACUUUUACAACUACCGCCAUAUACGAAAGGAUGUUUCGAUAAUUUCUCGCAGUAAUAGCACAUUUACUAAAAUAUUUGCCGUGGGACAUUCAAUGGGACAAUCUUACCGAAUUCAAAACUUGCACUUAGACUAAUUAGAAGUUACUCUUCAAUUGUUAUUUUAUGGACGUGCUUCCUGAAUUUCCAACAGCUGUGCCAGUAAAUUCAGAAGAGCUAUUUUUUCAACAUAAUUUGUAAUAAUAUUACCUAUAACCAAAUACACCAUUUAGGGAAUAAAUAAACUACAUCACUGUUUUCCUUAUGGAAGAAUCGUAUUUAUUUUAAUAAAUCAGAUAUAUAUAUAUA